GGCAGUGGCUGGAUCGGGGCAGGCAGCCCCUUCGCGUCCGGAGGGAUGCGGUGCGUGCCCUCCGCUGGCCGGAGGCGAUGAUCCUGACAGCCUUCUCUCUAUUUGGAGGAAGUGAAGCGAAGAAGGAAGCAAAGGAAAAGUUAUACUAAUUCGGUGACAGAAGGCUUAACAAAGAUCAGGAGCCUGCAUUUCCCACAGCCAAUAUGAUGCGUCUGGUGGUCCUCCUUUCGUUCUUCGUCAUCUUUCGGCUAUUCUUUGACCUGCCCUGGAUUCAGGUGGUGCCAGCCCUUUUGAUAUUCUACUUGGGCUCUGGCGGGUGGAAUUUUGUCCGCAUCUUCGUCAAGACAUUCAAACGGGAUGUUAUGACCGGAAAGUGCGUCCUGUCGACCCGCUUAAAGCUCUGGUGGUACGUGAGACGCCGCUCCACCAUCCCCAAGAUCUUCCAGCAGGUGGUGCAGAGGCAUCCGGAGAAGGCGGCCCUCACCUUCCAAGGCACGGGCGAAUCGUGGACCUUCCGCCACCUGGACGAAUAUUCCAACCAGGUGGCCAACUUCUUCUUCGAACAAGGCUUCCGCUCGGGGGACGCCGUUGCCCUCUUCAUGGAAUCGUGCAACCAGUACGUCGGCCUCUGGCUCGGACUGGCCAAGAUCGGGGUUGAGGCGGCGCUGCUGAACUCCAAUGUGCGGCAGGACUCCCUGGUCCACUGCGUCAAAAUCUCCCACGCGAAGGCGAUGGUGUUCGGGGGCGAGCUGGCCGAAGCCUUGUGGGAAGCACAGCCCUUCCUGGAGAAAUCCAUCCGCCUCUUCUGCUCCGGCGAUCAGCGAGCAGCCAACUCCCUGCCAGGGGUGGAAGACCUCGACUCUUUGGUUGAGAAGGCAUCGCGCCAGCCGCCCAGCCCACCGGACAAGGGAUUCCUAGAUAAACUGUUCUACAUUUAUACUUCCGGCACGACAGGGUUGCCCAAGGCGGCCAUCAUCCUCCAUAGCAGGUAUUUCCGGAUGGCGACCCUGGUCUACGGUGGCUUUCGUAUGAGGCCCGACGACGUGGUUUAUGACAGCCUCCCUCUCUAUCACGCAGCAGGCAAUAUUGUCGGGGUCGGCCAGUGCCUCCUGCACGGAAUGACGGUGGUGAUCCGGAAGAAGUUUUCGGCCUCUCAGUUUUGGGAUGAUUGUGUCAAGUAUAACUGUACGAUUGUGCAGUACAUUGGCGAGAUUUGUCGGUACUUGUUGAAUCAGCCGUCGAAAGAGGUGGAGCGUCAACACCGAGUUCGGAUGGCCUUGGGGAAUGGCCUGCGGGCAUCCAUCUGGAAGGAAUUCACCGAACGUUUUGGUAUCACCCAGAUUGCGGAGUUUUAUGGCUCCACUGAGUGCAAUUGCAGCGUUGGGAACUUUGACAAUAAGUUUGGGGCGUGUGGCUUCAACAGCAGAAUCGUACCAAACAUUUACCCCGUCAAGCUGGUCCAAGUCAACGAAGACACCAUGGAGCUGAUCCGGGGACCAGAUGGACUCUGCAUUCGGUGUAAGCCAGGGGAACCGGGCCAGCUAGUGGGGCGCAUCGUCCAAACUGAUCCGUUGCAGCGUUUUGAUGGUUACUUGAACCACGAGGCCAACAGUAAGAAAAUUGCCCGAGAUGUCUUCACCAAAGGUGAUUCUGCCUACCUCUCAGGCGAUGUCCUCAUCAUGGAUGAACUGGGCUACCUGUAUUUCCGAGAUCGCACUGGAGACACUUUUCGCUGGAAAGGUGAGAAUGUCUCUACGAUGGAAGUGGAGGGGACCCUCAGCCGAAUCCUCAACAUGACGGACGUCGUGGUGUACGGCGUGGCAGUGCCAGGCACAGAAGGGAAAGCUGGUAUGGCUGCCGUGGUGGAUAAGGACUGCUCGUGCGACUUGGAGAGAUUUGCUGCAGAAAUGAAAAAAGCUCUCCCGGCCUAUGCGCGCCCGGUUUUCCUGCGGCUGCUGGAGGAAGUACAUAAGACAAGCACCUUCAAAUUCCAGAAAGUGGAUCUGCGCAAGGAAGGUUAUGAUCUGAGGGUGGUGAAAGACAGGCUGUUCUACUUGGAGCCUGGAGAAUACCGGUAUUUCCCGUUAGACAAAGAGGUCUUCGAAAAGAUCCAGUCGGGACAGGCAAAGCUGUAAAAAGAAAAUUGAAAGAGCACUUUUUCUCACUGAAACCUCGUCACGUCCUUCAAUUUAAGGACCGGGAUUACAAUGGGUGUUGGAAAGCCGGAAAUGGUCAAGCAACUUUCUUUAUUCUGGUUC